CUCUUCCAGUUUACUACGAAUGGUUGCCGCGAUCGGUUGCGCUUCUUGGGGCUUAGACAGUGCUGCAGCGUGUGAGUGUUCGUGUGUGUGCGUGUGUGUGUGUGUACGAGCGUGUCUGACAAACGGUGUGCAUCUCCGGUUUCGACACUCUGGGCCAUUUUGCUCUGGUCAGCCGGAAGAAACACGGUUUUUUCCACACCUUCGGCAAGCCGGCUACACGCAGCAUUAAAGCAUGAAACUGAUAAUGUAGAGAGCAGUGGGGAGUAUAGGUGUGCAAAAAGUGUGUAAGUGUGUGCAUAAAGUGAAAAAAGGAAAAGGAAGAAAGGGUGUGUGUUUUUGGAUGGCUUUAAUAGCGCGCGAAGUGGCCGCCCUUUCGAGUUUCGUGUUCUCCGUACCAAGUUGAGUGAGUGAGUGUGUGUGUGUGACAUCUCGAGGCGUUUAUCCGAAUUCUGGCCGUGAAUCAGUGGUGCUGGUGCAUCAUCAACAUAAUCAUCAUCAAGGUUGAGCUGCACGUUUGAAGAUUAGCGGGACGAAGCGAACGCCAUGAGCGUUGGCUACUGCUGCGGCGGUCGCGUGUGCGAAAGUGUGCAGAAAGUUGUCCCGAUCUCGCCAAGCUACAGCUGGCUGGACGUGAAGUGAGCGGACCGGCAAACGGACCGGCCUCAGCAACCCAGCAAAGAAGCAGGCAAAAAAAAGCCGAGCCAGCAGCAAUCAUUGCCAGCGAGCAAAUAACACACAAGGUCACCACUGACGACUCCAUCGUGCGCCCCGCCGAACGACCGUAAAAGUGUUCAGCACAAGGCAACACGAGCGGCAUCAUAAAUAAUGGCUUCCAACAUACACAAAUGGGAAAAGCUCUCACCAAGUGAAUUCCAGCAGCUACAGGAUCUAGCGUCAUACUCGACGAAAAAGCUGCAGAACGUGCUGCAAGAGUUCUGUUCGCCGGCCACACCGUCCGCCUCAAGGUUCCAUCCAGAUGGGGACAUCGACUAUGAUGGUUUCCGCAAGUUUCUCGACUCGUUUCUGGACUGCGAAACGCCCGACGACCUGUCCCAACACCUGUUCAUAUCAUUCCUGCAGCCGGCCCUGUACCAGGCACAGCAGCAACAGCACAGCCACGGGAAGGCCCUCAGCCAGAUGGCGGCGAUCAGCAGCAAUGCAGCCUGCGCCCCGGUAACGUCCCACAAUCGUGGGUCGAUACCGAACCUAAACAGCAUAGUGGACAUUCCGACACCGCAGCCGUCGCAGGAAUCGCAGCGGAACAGCUUCGUCGAGCGGAUACACGGGCUCACCGACAAGCUGCAGUCGCUCGGGCAUCUCGGGCUCGACGGCGGCGGUGACAGCAGCAACAAGGGCAAGUGCGGUACCGUCCAUCCGAUGCUGACGGUGACGCCCAGCCCGAUGGGCUGUACGCCACCGAUCCUGCAAGCACCGUUCCGCCGGUCGGCCGACUCGAGCCCGUCCCACUCGCACUCGCACAGCCACUCGCAGAUUUCCCGGAACUCGUCGCGCAAAAGCAACAACUCCGUCAACUGUCGCAUCGAAGAUGUGCGACUGAUUCCUAGAAAGCAAUCAUUUUUGGAUCCGCUACUGCUGAAGGUACCGCUCAAGGACGUCGUCUGCUAUCUAUCGCUGCUGGAGGCAGGCCGGCCCGAGGACAAGCUCGAGUUCAUGUUCCGGCUGUACGACACCGACGGAAACGGAGUCCUCGAUACGACCGAAACGGAUGCAAUCGUCAAUCAGAUGAUGUCGGUCGCGGAAUACCUCGGCUGGGACGUGUCCGAGCUACGGCCGAUCCUCCAGGACAUGAUGACCGAGAUCGACUACGACGGCGAUGGGUGCGUUUCGCUCGAGGAAUGGCAGCGCGGCGGCCUGACAACGAUCCCGCUGCUAGUACUUCUCGGCGUCGACAACACGCUCAAGGAGGAUGGAUACCAUGUGUGGCGGUUAAAACAUUUCAGCAAACCUGCCUACUGCAAUAUGUGCCUCAACAUGCUCGUCGGGCUGGGCAAGAAGGGUCUCUGCUGUGUGCUCUGCAAGUACACCGUGCAUGAGCGUUGCGUCCAGCGGGCACCGGCGUCCUGCAUCGCCACCUACGUGAAGUCGAAAAAGUCGAAGGCCACCGCCACGUUCCAGCACCACUGGGUCGAGGGGAACUGUUACGGGCGCUGCUCGAAAUGCCGCAAGCGAAUCAAAGCGUACAAUGGAAUUACCGGGCUGACCUGCCGCUGGUGUCGCAUGAUGCUCCACAACAAGUGCGCCACGCUGGUGAAGGCGGAAUGUACGCUCGGGGAGUUUGCCAACCUCGUCCUGCCACCGACCGCCAUCUGUCCGGCCGUGCUCGAUCGGCAGAAAUCGAUCAAUUUUACCACCAACAAGGGAAAGAGCGUACCAUCGACAAUACACUUUCAAAUUACCAGCGACCCGAGCUGGUGCCCGCUGCUCGUCUUUAUCAACCCGAAGAGUGGCGGCCGGCAGGGCGACCGGAUCCUGCGCAAGUUCCAAUACCUGCUCAACCCGCGCCAGGUGUACGACCUGUCGAAGGGCGGCCCGCUCGAGGGCCUCACCAUGUUCAAGGACGUGCCGAACUUUAAGGUGAUCUGCUGUGGCGGCGACGGCACGGUCGGCUGGGUGCUGGAAGCGAUGGACAGCAUCGUGCUGCAGACGCAACCAUCGAUCGGUGUGAUCCCGCUCGGCACCGGUAACGAUUUGGCGCGCUGUCUGCGCUGGGGCGGCGGCUACGAGGGCGAAAGCAUUCCGAAGAUACUGGACAAGAUCAACCGGGCCUCGGUCGUGAUGCUGGACCGGUGGAGCAUCGAGGUCAAGAACAAUCCGCUGGCGGCGGAGGAAACACCAACCGCCACCACCAUGCCCGGCCACAAGGUAACACUGUCCGAGAACGUGCAGAAGGUAAUAGAGCUUUCGCAUCGCAUAAUUGCGGAAAAAUCUGUGAUCCAAGCGUACGACGAGGAGGAAAAUAGUACAAACCGAGCGACCGACGUACCGUUACCGCCCACCGCCAACGGUACGACGCAACGUGCCGCAGUGAGUGACAAUAAUGGGUUCGCCAUCGGACCGGACGCUGCCGGCACGGCGAGGGUCGCCGCUAUGACCGCUACGCCCCCACCGACACCGACCACACCGUUCGCGGGCGGUGCCGACGGACCCACCGUAAUGGAAGGUUUCAUUGCCGAGCAUGCCAAUAGAGGCGCGGUGGACCCGCCCCUGACCAAUGGCGGUGCGACGACGCUAGUGUCGUCGAUCGCUGGUGUCGACGAGGACGACGACGACGUGGCGGCUAACACCGGCACUAAUGGUAGCGCGCCGCCGGUCGAUAACGGCCCGUGUACGAACGACGAUGAUGCAGCGCAACGUGCCGAGGACGAUACCGUGAACAGUUCCUAUCAGCAGCAGCAGCAACACCAUCACAGCAACGGCAACGCCACGGACAAACCGAGACCGGAGAAGAAAAUUAUCGACCUACCAAAGUUGAUAAAACCGCAGGUCGGAUCGGAAUUCACCGUGCCGUACAACAUUGUCAAUAACUACUUUUCCGUCGGUGUGGAUGCUGCCAUCUGCGUAAAGUUUCACCUGGAGCGGGAGAAAAAUCCGCACAAAUUCAACAGCCGCAUGAAGAACAAGCUGUGGUACUUUGAGUACGCCACGUCGGAAACGUUCGCCGCCUCCUGCAAGAACCUGCACGAGUACCUGGAGAUUGUGUGCGAUGGUGUUUCGCUCGAGUUGGCCAACGGUCCACAGCUGCAGGGCAUCGCGUUGCUGAACAUCCCCUACACGCACGGUGGCUCCAAUCUGUGGGGCGAACAUCUGUCCCAGAAGCGGAUGCGCAAGGGCCCGUUCCGCAAGAAGCUUAAAAACUCCGACAAAGAGCUGUCGGCGAACAGCUUCAACUCGGUCGAUCUGUCCAUCGCCAUACAAGAUAUUGGAGAUAGCAAGAUAGAGGUGAUCGGGCUGGAGAACUGCCUGCACAUGGGCCAGGUGCGGACCGGGCUGCGCGCGUCCGGCCGCCGGCUGGCCCAGUGCAGCGAGGUAAUAAUGACCACCAAGAAAACCUUUCCGAUGCAGAUCGACGGUGAGCCCUGGAUGCAGGGCCCUUGCACGAUUAAACUCACACACAAAAAUCAAGUGCCAAUGCUGAUGGCGCCCCGGUCGGAGAAGGGUAGCGGCUUCUUUAGCUUCCUGAAGAGAUGACUCACGAGAAAGGCAAACAGCGACGCCGUCCCGAUUGAGGCCUAGUGAGCACGGGUCCAACGGAGCGCGUCCCUUACCGUUUGCAACCCCGGGCAGCCAACUGUCGCCAGCAGCCUGCACAUUACUGGUCAGCGGGGACAGUACGAAAACUGAUAGCUUUAAUCUAGUGAACCACAACACCCGGCGUGUUGAUCCCAGCCCAGUACGUAUCGCGGUGGGUGCGACUGGUUCUUCAUGAAAAAUCUUUUUUGAAAUAAUACCAUCGCCAACAAAUCAUUCACGCGAGCGACCGAGCUAGGGUCUUUUCGAGCUCAUUAUCGUUUACAAAACCCUCCAACACACAACACAUACUAACCGCGACCAAUGUCUAGUACAAAAAUGUUGAGGAACUAAUCAAAACAUUAUCCCCCGGAGGAGGUGCAUGGUUCACGACCCGCCUGGAAGUAGUCUGAGGUAAUCAAAAAGAGGUGUCGAUCAUUGGAAGCUGCUGUUCGUAUCAUCCUCAUGUCAUCUCUACACCGCUCUCUACACACAGCUCAUUACGCACACAAUGCUUGGCGGAGCAGCACAAGAUCCUUACCAGUCUAGUGGGGAUGCUGCGCUAGAGCUAUGAUCUGUUUCAAUCCUUACUAUUACCAUAACUUUUAGCAUCUAAGCGCCUGUGGUAAACGAUGUGUACCCGUAUGUAUCGCUGUGGCCGUUUAUAUGUUUUACUCUUGUUCGUCAAACGAACUCGAAGCUGUUGUUACUCAUAGUGUGAUAGCCUUCCAACUGUUAUACGUUAUCAUCGUUCAUCGUGUAGUCGUACAGUUCACCUUCACUUGGAAUGUUGAACACACAUACACUUACACACACAUACACACAUAAACGAGCAUCUUAGCUGUUAUAUUGCACGCGCAUGGUAUCAUCUCGUGAGCAAACCAGUUUACGCUCCUAAUCUCAUCGAUGGAAUCAAGUGGAUCUGUGGUACUGUGUUUAUCCAAGUCAAAGUAUUAGUUGAGAAUAUACACAACCCCUUUACUAUAAUAUACCACAACAACUACAAUUAUAUUUACUCAUAUUAUUAUAGCAUAUACAUAUACCGAUACAUGAAGGCGCACCCCUAUACUAUAUCGUGGUGUACGCUUAUCGUACAAACAAUUACACACACACAGAAACUAAAAACAAAACUAAACUAAAUGCGACAGAAAGUAAUGUUCGACCGCGCUGCGCUAUUGUGACUGGUUCAUGUGCUUUAAAUACAGAGGGAAUCUUUGACGGUCCUGUGGGAUUGAGCUCGGUGGAUGGAGUUAUGGCAGGAGUACGCGCAACGCAGGAAAAAGCCCUUUUUUCGGUUCAUAAUAUAGCAUAUAUAACCUCUCUAUCUCUCUUCGACCAACACCGUAUACAUAUCUUUGGACAGGAAAAGGAAAAGUCGUUACCAUUUUUUAGUAGUACCUCCUGUACGUAGCCAAUAUCUGUCUUGCACAAUGGAAGAAUGCUCUUAAAAUUGGCAGCUUGAUCGGUUCUCUUGGUUUUUAUUAUUUCUGUUGGCGAACUCUAGCUGACUAAUUCCAUCUAUUCCAGUUCAUCCAGGAUACAGUAUUUCUAAUGAAACGUCUAAUUAAACUGUGUAAAGGAAGUUAGAGCUCUAACCUAUUGGAUAUACGUUUUUAAUUAAUUACUAGCAAGUGCACAUACUAAUCGAAAAUGAUGGACUACGGUAGUGAGAAACAGACUCGUUUAAUCUCACUUUAAAAAAGUAAAAGCGACUCCAAAAUAAACCCAAACAAAAGCACAGGGGAACGGUUUGUAAAUAGAAAAUGUAUGAAACUAUCGGAACAAACUUAACCUCCUAGUUGUAAGAUAUUGUUUGCAAUUGCAUUCGCAAACUAACGACUACAUUAACGGAACCGUUUCAUAUAAGGCCUGUGUGUGUGUGUGAGUGCGCGCGUGUAAAGAAUCUCAAGUACCGCACCGCAAUACUCUGCCAUCGUGUUUUGUGUACUUGUAUGGUGUGUAUGUAUGAAUAGGUGUAACAUUUAGGGGUGAAAGAUAACAAAAAAAAAACCCCACUGAAACUUAAACAAGCGUACAACAUGCAAAAUUUAGUUCAACAUUCACAUCGCAUUCGCCGCAAACAUCAGCGCACAAACAAUUAAAACAUGCGCUGCAUCUUCAAUUUAGUUGGAAACGUUUUUAUUUUUUGUUUUUACUUCUUUAAAAGAGAGAAAAAACAAAACAAACACCACAGUAGCAGUUAACAAAGGAAACUACGAUUAAACGAUUAAUCAAAACACAGGUGGAAACACACAGUCGGAGCGGAGACGCGGCGUUGUCCCCGAGCACAAUUUAAUUGCGUACCGGGGAAGGCACAGGCCGUUGAACACAGGCACACUUGGUAGGCACGCUUCUGACACAGGGAGCGUGAGGAUAAGAAAGUAGGCUUAAGCCGUAUAAAAGCCGAAUACCACGCGCGAUAGUACGAAUGAUAUGUGUAACGAUAUAUAAUGAUAAUAAACCACUCAAAUUCUAAAGUAGCUUAAGAA